UUCUUCAGGCACGUGAUACAAGAAGGACUCAUUUCUAGAAGCGCAAAAUGAGUCUGUUUAAACUGAACUGACAGCAGAGGCACUAAGAUUAGGCUUCCCAAGGCUAGUAGCAUGGACAUAUAAAAUCUGUGUCCCGCCAAUUCAGACCUCAGAUCAAUCCAACAAACAAGCCACCACCUUCUUCUAUUCCCAUUCCUGUUCAUCAAGCAAAAGCCUGCCCGAAGGUGGCAGUAAUUGACCAUCCAUGGGCUUCUUCCACAGGAAGACCUCAAAGCAGACCUCGCGGGUGAAGAAGCUCCUCAAGCUCGCCUUGUCUCGCCUCGCCAUUGCCAAGCGCCCCCGCCUUGCUCGCAAGUCGAUCUCCCGCGGCGAUGUCGGCCAGCUCCUCGCGCUCGGCCACCUCCACCGUGCUCUCCUUCGCGCAGAGCAGGUGAUAGAGGAGGACAACAUGCUGCAGGCGUUCGACAUCAUUGAGCUCAACUGCAAGUGCCUCAUUGAGCAUGCCACACAAUUAGACAAGCCACAGGAGUGCAGCGAGGACAUUAGGGAGGCGGCAGCAGGGAUCAUGUUCGCAGCCAGGUGGUGCGGCGACCUGCCAGAGUUGCCGCUCGCGCGCACCAUCCUGGAAGACAAGUUCGGCAGCGACUUCUCUGCGGCCGCGAAGGAGGGAACCGGAGUCGUCGAUCCCAUGUUGGUGUGGAAGUUGUCUGGCGACAGAACGAACAUGGAGCUGAAGAAAAAGGUGACCAAAGAGAUCGCCACCAAGAACAAUAUCCUGGUGGAUUUCUUGGAGCUCCAGGAAGCGGUGAAGCAAGACGGCAAUGGCAAUGGAUCACACUGUUAA